AUGCAGAAGAAAAAUCGCAAUAUGGCUGAGGCAGUGGAAUAUGCAGCAUCGAGCCCUGCAAUAAUUGAUGAAAUCACUACAGAAGAAGGCAUUAAGAAUUGUGUGGGAUAUAAAGCUGAUGCUAAUGAAACUAGUCUCGUCGUAUGCACCUGGAAAAGGUGUAAUAGGUAUUUCACUAAGCUGGAUAAAUUUAUAACUCAUCGUAGCCGUGAUCAUGGCACAACGGAUGUAGUAACAGAUAUCUGGAUGUUUG